AUGACCUCUGCUAAUGGAUUUAACAGCCCUGUAUCUGAACUUCAAGUAACUGAUAUUGCACACUACAAGAAAGGGAUUGAGAGCCACGUUGUUAAGUAUAGUGUUGAGUGGACUAUAAAGAAGGCAAUGAUAAAUACCACGGAUCUAGAGUCAUAUGCAGUUGGAGAAGUCUGUAUGAGUAUCAUCACGCUGGAAGCAAGCGACAUGUUAUGGCCUUGCAAAGAAGCUUGCAAAAUCAAAGAAGUGGUGGAUAGCCAUGAUCACGUACUCGAACUUAAAUCCAGAACUCAGGCAGGAGUACAAGUCUAUUACGACUUGAUUCCCUCACCUAAAGUGUAUUACCCCUUUUUAUUCUUACAAUGUGUCGGCGUUUUAGCAGCCGUAUAUACAAAGAUAUUCAACUUUAGUAAAAGCUACAAGCAUCGGGAGAAUAGAGAAUAUAUGUAUUUCAACUUUUUAAGUUGA